UUUUGCUCGUUGCUUAUGUGGGGUAACAUUUAUACUUUCUACAAUCACUCUAUCUCAUUUCCAACAUUGUCUUUGCAGUACACCCCCGCUAUUGAUAUGUGGAGUAUAGGGUGCAUCUUUGCUGAAAUGAUAACAGGAAAGCCACUGUUUCCUGGGAAGAAUGUGGUUCAUCAGUUGGAUCUCAUGACUGAUCUUCUAGGCACUCCUACUCCUGAAACCAUCACAAAGAUACGAAAUGAAAAGGCUAGAAGAUAUCUAAGUAGCAUGCGUAAAAAACAUCCACUUCCCUUCUCAGAGAAAUUCCCUAACGUUGAUCCCUUGGCUCUUCAUCUACUCGAACGUCUGCUUGCUUUUGAUCCUCAAGAUCGUCCCACUGCUGAGGAGGCACUAGCUGAACCAUAUUUCGAUGGAUUGGCAAAUGUAGAGCAUGAACCUUCAACGCAACCAAUCUCAAAACUUGAGUUUGAAUUUGAAAGGAAGAAACUGACAAAAGAUGAUGUGCGAGAGCUAAUUUAUCGUGAGAUUUUAGAGUAUCAUCCCCAAAUGCUUCGAGAAUAUCUACAUGGUGGAGGCCAGACUAGCUUCAUGUAUCCAAGUGGAGUUGACCGGUUUAAGCGCCAGUUUGCGCAUCUUGAAGAACAUGUCAAGGGAGAAAGAACCACCCCAGUUCUGCGGCAGAACACUUCUUUGCCCAGGGAGAGGGUCUUGCCCGCUAAAGAAGAAAAAGUUGAUGGAGAGAAUGAUGGUGAAAGACGGAUCACAGCCGGAGAUUCCCAAUUAACCAAUAAUAGCCCUUCCAAGUCACAAGCUGAGGGUUCAGGAGAUUCUGUGGCUAGUGAAAAUGAGCUAAAUAGAUCAAAUCUUAGUGCUCGUAGCUUAUUGAAGAGUGACAGCAUCAGUGCAUCCCAAUGUACUAGCGUGAAACCAAGAAGAGAUGUAGCUGAUCCAUAACCUGUUGAGAAGAGUUACCUCAAGUGCUUCAACAAGUGCUAUGGUGCAAGCAUCUAUCGACUGGAGAAAUCUGUUCAAAGCAUCUGAAAGCACCUGGAUGCAGUGGUUUAUGGUAUUUUUCUGAUGAUGCUUUCACUAUCACCUGCAAUUUCAGAUGCCAGCCAUAUUUUAUUGCCUAAAACACAUGGAAGACCUGUGAUGUCUUCAUCUGCAUUUACUGUUAACAUCUUCCUUUUAGUCUGGCCGGAAGCCCUAAACGACCAGAACUAAGCACUUUUUCCAGAUUUUCAUACUAAAAACCUUUUUAUUAACUUUUCCAGACUCUUAAUGCACGUAAUGAUGAGAGCUAUUGCUAAUGUUAAAAUGGAAUUAUUUUGUCCAGCUUUGGAUUCCAAAAGCUUCUUUA